AUGUUCAGGUGGUCGGAUGCUGAGGUGGGCAUUGAUGUUUCUAGGGCUCCAAGGGUGCUUGUGAUGUCCAAGGACUUUCUGCGCAGCAAGUCAGAGUUUCUCAUCUCCGAGGUGGGAUUGGAGCCGGCCUACAUUGCUCAAAGGCCGGCAAUUCUCACUCUUAGCCUAGAUGGCCGUCUUAGGCCCCGACACUACAUUAUGAAGUUUCUCAAGGAUAAUGGAUUACUGGAGAAUGAUCGGAGCUACUAUGUCGCAGUCGUAGUGAGCGAUAACGAUUUCAUGAAGAAGUACAUAUGCCCUUACCAGGAAGCUGUGCCGCACCUCGCUCAAGACUAUGCUGCUGCUUGCAAAGGGGAAGUGCCGACUAUUUUCAGAUUCACAUGA